AUGGUGGAUGACAGCCAUCAGCGCACUGCUCUCGCCGUGGUCGUGGCCUUUACUCUGCUCGGAGGGGCUUCUGUCCUUCUGCGCGUCUGGAGUAAACGGCUGACACGGGCGGCGUUGAGGGCAGACGAUUAUCUCAUCCUUGCAGGCUAUGUCAUGUCCAUUGCACAAUGUGUGAGCUCGUGGUAUUACAUCAAAACCAACUAUGUCGGCAUUCACAUCUGGGAUGUCCCAACAGACUACAAUGUUGAACCUGGCCUGAUUUGGAACUUUGUCAACCAACUGUUCUAUAACCCCUGCUUGACCCUCGUCAAGCUCUCCAUGCUCGUCUUCCUGCUCCGGCUCGAGUCGCGCUCUCGCAUCGUUCACAGCCUGAUCCUAUUCUCCUCAGCCGUCACCAUCGGCCUCUUUCUCGCCGUGCUGGUCACGGACAUCUUCCAAUGCCAUCCUGUUCGCUAUGUCUUCGACGAGUCCAUCGCGGGCUCCUGUAUCGACCAAGGGGUCUUCUACGUCGCCACUGCCGCCCUUAACCUCUUUACUGACCUUCUCGUCCUUUCUAUCCCGAUCAUCAUCACCGUUUCCCUCCAAAUGCCCGUGAGACGGAAGAUUGCGGUCUGCGCCAUUCUCUGUCUAGGGAUUGUGGCCACCGCUGUUGGGAUCUGGCGCGUGAUAAUCCUCGCCGAGGGGUUUCUAUCCAACGCCACAGAUUCUGAUCCAACAUAUAGCAUCGGCUUCUGCAGCUCCGCCGUCGAGAUCAACGUCGCCAUCCUCACUGCCUGUGCUCCUUCGAUGAAAGCCGUUGCGUCGCGGUACCUCCCCCGCCUGCUGGGCUCCAGCAGCGGUCCGUCACGCUAUCCUACCUCUGCUGCAUACGGCUAUGGAUCCAAGCUCGCCUCGCGCUCACAUCACACUCCCGGAGACGCCUUUGAGUUGAAUGAGGUAGAGGGGAGUCAUGGCACGUCGGAUCAGAACAAAACGCAGUACGCAGAGGGGAGUACAGAAAGCUUAGUGUAACUCGGUUUGUAUACUAUGUUGAUUUCUAAAACCUACAGAAUAAACAGAGCAAGUCUCAGC